AUGGGCCUGGAUCUCAAUGUCAGACUAGAAGAGGAGGAGGAUAGAGGACUGUACCUAGAUCUCAACAUCACACUACAAGAAGAAGAAGAACAUGUUGUGCUCCCAGACCAUAUUCCCGAAGAACAAGAAAAUGAGGAGGAGGAAGAGGAAGAACAUGUUGUGCACCCAGACAUAUUUCCCGAGGAAGAAGAAGAACAAGUUCCGCAGAGGCACCGUACAGAUGUACCAGAGAGUCAUAAAUUCGCGGCAUAUAUUGCGUUGAAAGCUCUCAGCAACUAUAAACCAAUUGAGAAGGCUGAUAAAGAACUUGUGGCUCAACUUUUGAAAACAAGCCUUAGAACCGUCGAAAAGACAUGGAAGAAGGCACACGAUCAAGAGGCAAACAAUGAAGAACUUGAUUUUUCAAAUAAGCGAAAGGGCAGAUGUGGUCGAAAGAGGAAAGAGCUUAAUCUCUCCGAAAGGGUGCCUCAGGUUGCACUCAACAAAAGGGGUACAUCGAGAGCGCUAGCAAGGUCCCUUGAUAUCCCUUAUUCUACACUACAAAGACGGUUAACAUGGGGUGAGUUAAGGCGCCACACCAGCAGCCUCAAGCCAUUUCAAUCUGUGGAAAACAAGAUCAAACGACUCAAGUUCUGCAUUUCAAUGGUUGAUGAAACAACAACAACAACGAAUGCAAUGCCUUUGUUCAAAAAGAUGGAGAACAUAAUUCACAUAGACGAAAAAUGGUUUGACAUGACCAAGAGAAAUCGAACGUAUUACCUCCUUCCAGAAGAAGAAGAUCCUGUGCGAACUAUUCAAAACAAGAACAGUAUUGGCAAAGUCAUGUUUUUAACUGCGGUUGCGAAACCUAGACAUGAUGGGCAAAGAAAUGUAACCUUCGAUGGAAAGGUAGGAAUAUGGGCCUUUGUCACUGAAAGUGCAGCUAAAUACAACUCCAAAAAUAGGACAAAAGGCACCAUGGAACUAAAGACAAUCAAUGUUACUAGAGAUGUCAUGCGGGAAUAUCUCUGUGAAAAAGUAAUUCCAGCAAUCGCAGAACUAUGGCCCGACGAUGGUCAUGGGGAGACAAUCUGGAUACAACAAGACAAUGCUAGAACACAUGUUCUGCCAGAUGAUCCCGCUUUUCUGGCUGCCGUUAAAGCUUCAGGACUGGAUAUUAAGUCGACUUACCAACCUCCAAAUUCACCGGACUUGAAUGUCCUAGAUCUUUGCUUUUUCAGUUCAAUCCAAUCUCUAGCAUUCGAGAGUGCACCUAACACCCUCAAAGAACUGAUAGAAUCUGUUGAACAAGCUUACGAUGCUUACAAGGUGGAUACACUUGAGAAAGUGUUUGUAACCUUGCAGACUGUCUUGUUGGAGGUUAUGAAAGACGAAGGUGGAAACCAAUACAAGCCACCCCACAUGGGCAAGGACAAACUCCAAAAGGAGGGAAGGCUGUCUGACACACUAGAAGUUGACGACCAACUCUACCAAAAAACCUUGGAGCUGAUAGCCAACUAUGAGCAACAACAAACAUUACAAAAUCAUGUGGCGGCAUUGGCUCAACAAGAGGAGCGAGAGGAGAAGAAGACCAAGGGAAAACAACCAGCCAAAGCAUCAAAGAGAAAAGCACACGGGACUGGCCCCCAAGUAAUUGUGGAUGAUCACAUAAUUAUCCCAGGAAAUACAUAUGAGACAUGGUUGAAUGACCCAUCAAGCCUUCUCCGUCAAAGGCGUCGAGUCGAGACACAGAAAAUUAACCUCAUCCGGGAAACCAAAAUAGGUGAACUCCAAGCUUCAAUACAGGAGAAGCUCGGAUAA